UCGCCGCCACCGCAAAACUAAAGCAGAACGAAGCUGGCGAUAGACGAUCGAACAUCCAUCCCUUUUUCUUCCCCGUCGCAACCACCGUGCGUGUUGAUCUCAUCAAACACGAGCCGAUCGAAGUCGACACGCACUCAACAGCUAGCCAUGAGCUAGCUAGCAGUAGCAGUUCCGCAUACAUGUACGCACGAUCGAGCUCACACCGAGAAGCAUCAGCUACCGAAGAAGCCGAAGCGGCGCAAGGGUGCAACAUGGGACUUUCCUUGUGUUCCCAGCAGAGAUCUCCGCCCAAGCAGGAAAUUGCGACCAGGGAGGUAACACUACCCAACACUGCUGCCAGUCAUCAGGGCCGUGGUGAGGGCAAUAAGCAGCAGAUGGCGACCACCGUGCCGGCCAUCCAAAGCAACGAAGAGUUGAAGGACGUUUUGAGGAAGGCCAAGGAGCCAAACUCCAAACUGGUGGUGCUGGAGUUCACGGCGCCGUGGUCGGAGCCGUGCAAGUUCAUGAGGCCGGCGCUGGAGAAGGUCGCCUCCGAGUUCAAGGAUAAAGCCGACUUCUACACGCUCGACGUCGAGCAGUUCAAGACAUUUGCUCGGAACACCCGGGUGGAGGCGCUGCCGACGUUCCUGCUGGUAAGGAAGACCAUCUUGGAGCGCGUCAUCAGCGUCAGCAAGGACGAGCUGCAGCGCAGUAUCGCAAAACACAUAUCCCGGGCCCGCAUUAUUGCCAUUGAUCAGGAAAACUGAGGAAAAUUAAUAAUGCUAACUAGGAGUAAGUUCUUUUUGCCAAUGCCGAUGUUUUGAUCCGUUAGACUCAUCAACGCGUACAUGCUUGUUUAAUUUAUAUAUAGUUUGUUUCGGUUAAAACUGCCGGCCACCGUCGACAACGGUUGUUUGAGAUGAACAUAUAGUCUGUAUAUGUAAGUGCGCCCUGCUAGGAAAUGGGCAAUAAUAAGAAUUGUUUGAUUUCUUAUGUGUAGCCCUUGCAUUGAGAACUCAAUUUGUGAGUCCCGACUCCUAUGAAUCCACGAGCGCAUUUGGAUGACAAAUAAAUUGAGGCGUCUGAUCAUGAUUCUUUUUUAAAAAAAAAUGCAUAUCAUGAAAUGGAUUCGAAAAAUCAAUAGUUCACCAAACUUGAUUUAUGAGACGAGGGUACACAUAUAUAAAUACUGCUCUAUGGAAAUAUAUGUUUACCUAAGCAAGUGACUAGCUCUUUUAUUGUUUGAUUCAUCCAAAGUUCCACACUGUACUGUGACGUCUCCUCCUUUUACAUGGUAAAUAUGAUGUGCAAAGAUUGAUGAGUACCGAUAGAUAGAAUGAAACAAACAAAGGGAGUUGUGUAAGAAGUAAGAGAGGAUAGGAGACACUGGGAGAUGAAGCAGCUGCGGCAGUGGCGGACGUAGGGUUUUAUAAUUGGGUGUACAUGAUGUUUAUAUAUUUUUUUAAUUAUCUAUCAUAUGUUUAUCUCAA